AGCUUCAAAGUACAAAGUUUCAACCCCUUCUCAUCAGUCUCACUGAACCUCUCUUCACUCCCACCACAGCCACUCUCCAUCUACCCCCCCCAUCCCAAUACCAAUCCAAAAAAAAAAAAAAAAAAAAUGCAGCUCUUCCUCUUGCUCCUCCUCCUCCUCCACCUCCACCUUCAAAUCCACACAACUCGCUCAGCCCACAUCCCAGAAUACAAAGCACUUCUCUCCGCAAAGUCCCUCAUAGAAGACCCACAAUCGGCCCUCUCAUCAUGGAACGCCACCACGAACCACUGCACGUGGACGGGCGUCACGUGCAGCGACACCACUCACCGUCACGUGACAUCUCUCGACCUCUCGGGUCUCAAUCUCUCCGGCACUCUCUCCCCUGACCUCGCCCACCUCCGCUUCCUUUCCAACCUCACCGUCGCCUCUAACCAACUCUCCGGCCCCAUUCCUCCGCAGCUCUCUUCUCUCUCGACUCUCCGCUACCUCAACCUCUCCAACAACAUUUUCAACGGCACUUUCCCGACCCAACUCGCUUCUCUCAAGAACCUCCAGGUCCUCGAUCUCUACAACAACAACAUGACCGGUGAGUUGCCUCUGACUGUCGCUGAAAUGCCUAACCUCCGCCAUUUGCAUCUCGGCGGUAACUAUUUCGCCGGUCAGAUCCCGGCCCAGUACGGACAAUGGCAGUUUAUUGAGUAUUUGGCCGUUUCCGGCAACGAACUAAACGGCACUAUACCUGCCGAGAUCGGAAACUUGUCGACCCUGCGUGAGCUUUACCUUGGAUACUUCAAUGCCUACGAGGGUGGCAUUCCCGCCGAGAUCGGAAACUUGUCGGAGCUUGUUCGUAUCGACGCCGCAAACUGCGGGUUAACCGGAGAGAUUCCACCGGAGAUUGGGAAGCUACAGAAGCUCGACACUCUGUUUUUGCAAGUGAAUGCGCUUUCGGGGUCUUUGACGGUGGAGCUUGGGAAUUUGGCGAGCUUGAAAUCCAUGGACUUGUCGAACAACAUGCUCACCGGUGAAAUUCCAUCCUCGUUUGCUCAGCUGAAGAACAUGACGCUGUUGAACUUGUUUCGCAACAAGCUUCACGGUGCUAUUCCGGACUUUGUCGGAGACUUGCCGGCGCUCGAGGUAUUACAGUUGUGGGAGAACAACUUUACUGGCAGCAUUCCUCAGGGUUUGGGAAAGAAUGGAAGGCUUAAAACUCUAGAUCUUUCUUCCAACAAACUUACUGGGUCUCUGCCUCCUAAUUUGUGUUCAGGAAAUAAGCUUGAGACUCUGAUUGCUCUGGGAAACUUCUUGUUUGGUCCGAUUCCAGAAUCACUAGGAAAAUGCCAGUCACUGAGUCGGAUCCGAAUGGGUGAGAACUUUUUCAAUGGCUCAAUACCAAAAGGCCUCCUUGACUUGCCAGCGCUGACACAAGUAGAACUGCAAGACAACUAUCUAGUGGGGGAGUUUCCUGAGACCAAUUCGAUGUCUGUUAAUCUCGGACAGAUUAGUCUCUCCAACAAUAUGCUUUCGGGGUCGUUGCCUUCGAGUGUUGGUAACUUCUCUAGUGUACAGAAGCUACUCCUUGAUGGAAACAAGUUUUCGGGUCCAAUCCCACCUCAGAUUGGAAGGUUACAGCAACUUUCCAAGAUAGACUUCAGCCACAACAAGUUCUCAGGUCCCAUUGCACCUGAAAUCAGCCAAUGUAAACUUCUAACCUUUGUUGAUCUCAGCCGAAAUGAUCUUUCGGGUCAGAUUCCCAACGAGAUUACUGGUAUGAGGAUCCUGAAUUACCUCAACCUUUCGAAAAAUCAUCUUAUUGGUAGCAUUCCUGCUUCAAUAGCAACUAUGCAAAGCUUGACCUCUGUUGAUUUUUCAUAUAACAAUCUCUCUGGUUUGGUUCCUGGCACUGGCCAAUUCAGCUAUUUUAACUACACGUCGUUUUUGGGGAACCCAGAUCUGUGUGGUCCUUAUUUAGGGGCUUGCAAAGAUGGGGUUGCCAAUGGAACUCACCAAGCUCAUGAGAAAGGCCCACUAUCUGCUUCUCUGAAGCUUUUGCUUGUCAUUGGAUUGCUCAUUUGCUCCAUUGCGUUUGCAGUGGCAGCAAUCAUCAAAGCCAGGUCUUUGAAGAAGGCCAGUGAGUCUCGUGCCUGGAAAUUAACGGCGUUCCAACGGUUGGAUUUCACGGUUGAUGAUGUAUUGGAUUCGUUGAAGGAGGAUAACAUUAUAGGCAAAGGUGGUGCUGGUAUUGUGUAUAAGGGUUCCAUGCCAAAUGCUGAACAGGUUGCCGUGAAAAGGCUUCCGGCAAUGAGCAGGGGAUCUUCCCAUGACCAUGGAUUCAACGCGGAGAUACAGACUUUGGGGAGGAUUAGGCACCGACACAUUGUGAGAUUAUUGGGGUUCUGUUCAAACCAUGAGACUAAUCUUUUGGUUUAUGAGUACAUGCCUAAUGGGAGCUUAGGUGAGGUACUUCAUGGCAAGAAGGGAGGUCAUUUGCACUGGGAUACCAGGUACAAGAUUGCGAUAGAGUCUGCUAAGGGCCUUUGCUAUUUGCAUCACGAUUGUUCCCCAUUGAUCGUCCAUCGCGAUGUGAAAUCAAACAACAUUCUGCUUGAUUCCAAUUUUGAAGCUCAUGUUGCUGAUUUUGGCCUUGCCAAGUUUUUGCAAGAUUCGGGCACUUCAGAGUGUAUGUCUGCGAUUGCUGGCUCCUACGGAUACAUAGCACCAGAGUAUGCCUACACUCUUAAGGUCGAUGAAAAGAGCGAUGUGUACAGCUUUGGUGUGGUUCUGUUAGAGCUAAUUACUGGUAGAAAACCAGUUGGGGAAUUUGGGGAUGGUGUGGACAUAGUUCAAUGGGUCCGAAAAAUCACAGACUCGAAAAAGGAAGGAGUUCUCAAAAUCCUCGAUCCAAGACUCCCCUCAGUUCCCCUCCAUGAAGUGAUGCACGUAUUCUACGUUGCAAUGUUGUGUGUCGAAGAACAGGCCGUGGAGCGCCCAACAAUGCGAGAAGUGGUUCAAAUUCUAACAGAGGUUCCAAAACCACCAAACUCAAAACAAGGAGACUCAACAGUCACAUCAGAGUCAUCCCCAACAUCAGCCAUUGUAGACUCUCCAACAACAACAACGACAACCAAAGACUCGAAAGACGCACAACCUCAAUCACCACCACCUGAUCUUCUAAGCAUUUGAAGAAAGUGUUUUUAGUUUUGUUGGGAGUGGAAGUGUUUGUUCUAAAAAAUUCCACGGAUUGUGUUAGCUCUUUUUUAUAAUUUCAGCGUUUAUUUUUAAUUUUGUUUAUUUUGGGGGAGGGUUGGCUAAGGUUUGCUCUAACUUUAAGGAGGUACUAGUACAUGUUUCAAAGUUUUUGUGUACAGUGUAAGAUUGGGGGGGUGAUAAUCGGAUAUUUGCUGCGUUUUGUCA